GUUCCCGUAGAAUUCUCGACACGCACGGGUCGGUCAUAUCGGCGUGGACUGCGUUUGGUGCAGCAGUUCGAGACGUGCAGUUGAUAGCUAGGAAAAGGAGCUUACGGAAAAGGCAGCUGGACUGCCGAACAAGUACCGUUGUGAUCUGUGCGAAACGUAUCAAGUUGUCCUAUUUUGCUGCAGCGUUGUAUCAUCAGCUGAGUGCAUUCGAGAAGUGCAUGCAAGUGCAGAAAGGCAGGAAAGGAAAAAAGAAAAACGUAUACAGUGCAUUCUAUUCAACACAGUGACCCGUUGGUGAGCAAGAGUUGUUGCUUCAAUUCGAUUCGUCGUCGUUCGUCUGUGUCCCGUUCAUUCGAAGAACAAACCCGCCCGGCCAACUGAUCGAUCCCGAUGCUGCCUCCGAUAAUUUGAAUACGCUGACAACCCCUGGUUCGAACGGCGGUGGUGUUUCGUAAAGGGCGACGAUCCCUUUAUAUUUUUCCCAGGACAAGGAAGGUGAAGUGGUAGUACUUCAUUCCGCAGACUACGUACAAAAACAACCAAAACGAUGGCCAAAUUCAGCGGGAAAAAAUGCCGUCUACUGACGGUGAUGUCGUUGACGGUAUUUUUCUUCUUCGUCGAAAUCGUCGUCGGCUACCUGACGAAUUCCAUGGCCCUGGUGGCCGAUAGUUUUCACAUGCUGGGUGAUAUUGCGGCACUGGUUAUAUCUUUUCUCUCGAUAAAGAUGUCGCCCAAAAAGUGGUCCAAAAAUACAUUCGGUUGGGCGCGAGCGGAAGUGCUCGGCGCGCUGGUGAAUGCAGUAUUCCUAAUUGCCCUUUGCUUCAGUAUUACCAUUGAGGCGUGUAAAAGAUUUAUCGAGGUAGAGCAUAUCCACGAACCAGAGCUGCUGAUUGCCGUUGGCGUAAUUGGGCUACUGGUGAAUCUGCUUGGACUCUGCCUUUUGCACAAACACGGUGGAGGGCAUAUUGGACACUCUCACGGUGGAGGCCUUUCGCAGGCGAAGCAAAUGGGUGGAUCGCACGGAAAUUUGGCCAAUACGGACGACAAUGAGAACAAAUCAUUCAUGUACCAACAGAAUGGUACAGCUGCGAAAAAACCAGCCCACCACGGACAUUCGCACGAUUCCUCUCAGAUGAACAUGCGAGGCGCAUUUCUGCACGUGCUGAGCGACGCCCUCGGUAGCGUGGUGGUAAUCAUCAGUGCCCUGAUCGUCAAGUACACCGACUGGAAGUACAAGCUGUACAUGGAUCCGGCACUUUCGGUGCUGCUGGUGGUACUCAUCCUGAAAUCUGUCUGGCCGCUGCUCCGCGAAUCUGCACUCAUCCUGCUGCAGACCGUCCCGACGCACAUCCAGGUCGAUGCGAUUCAACGGCGCCUACUAGAGAAGGUGGAUGGAGUAUUGGCAGUGCACGAAUUCCACGUUUGGCAGCUCGCGGGUGAUCGCAUUAUCGCCUCCGCACACAUCCGCUGCCGAAAUCUGUCAGAGUACAUGAAAAUUGCCGAGCGGGUGAAAGAGUUCUUCCACAACGAGGGCAUCCACUCCACCACGAUACAGCCGGAGUUUGUCGAAAUCGAAGCGCUCAACAGUUUUUCCGGAUCGGACGGGUUUUCCAACAGCCUGAAUGGCAGUGCGACUCAGGACUGCUGCGCCCUGGACUGCCCAACGACGGACGAGAGUAGUUGUAUCAAAGCUACAUGCUGCCAAAACAACAAUAACAUUAAGAAUCAACCAUCGUCACCAACUCCCUCGCCAUUUUUAUGUCGCCAAAGAAAUUCCAGAAGCGGGAACGACGUGGAGUCAGGGUCCUUACUUGAUCAGAACAAUCAAACUGCAUCGAACGAGGAUGCGCUGCCAAAAAUCAACGUCUGACAGACAAAUCCGAUAAAAAGUAGCAAAAAUCACUUAACCAUCGGAUCAGCAUCAUCCUCAUCAUCGUGUUCAUCGAAGCGACAACCGGAAGUAGCUACCAUAGUAUUUAACAGCAGCAGCAGCACCCACAAACUGGAGGGAAUAAGUUCCCCGUGUGCUCCACUAAGUGGGAAAGAGUGGGGAGAGGGUGACUGUGUCGGCGAGCGCGAUAUGCUAUUUAACCUUGAAUCGAGCCGGCUGUAUCGGACCCGGCGUCACGGAGUUGUUGGCCGCGAUGCGAGAAAUCCAACCUUUUCUGAACCUCAGUCGACGGACGCACCAUCCAACGUCGCAACAACUGGCACCAAACAUUACACCUUACCGGCAAUGCCGGCCCCGUGCAGCUUGCUGGAGAGCUACGUCACCGGAACUGGGUCCCCGUUGCGAAACCUGUACUGCCAAUGCAAACACCACCACGAUUCGUUACAGUGAACGAUUACAAUCCGGUUUGGUUGACCCCAGCAGGAGUGACAGAAAACCGAAAUCAAAUUUUAAACUACCUUACGAAACCCGUUUCCCGACGGGAACGUCAUCGUUUUUUCGUCGUUGACCUUAGUUCAGCCCGUAGGGUGCUUAACUUUAGUAGCGAACAAAUUUACAAAUAGGUCCCCUCCGGUUCUGCAAUCUCUUGCAGUCGUUGGAUCCGUUUGUUAUCCCCUUGAGAUCCGUUUUAAAAGAGUGAGACCGGCCAGGCCAGAUGAUGACAACGGGAGGCAACCAGUUUAGUAAAUCAUGGAUACGGUUACAACCGUAUGCAGUGCAGCGUAUUUUGUAAUCGCGUGAGCUCCUUGCGAAGAAAAGGAAGACACAAAUCCACACCUUUGCGGAGUUUGUGCGUUUUCUUUGAUUGAGUAUUUAGCAAAAGGGAGGUUGGUGGGUUGAGAACAAGGAUUUUAAAGCAUAUAACGAUCGAAAUAUUCGACUGGUACGCGCGCACAGGCUCAAACCACUGUUGUAUUUCAAAUUUGUACAACCUUCUAAUUAUCGUUUAUAUAGUUACUGGUAAUUAUCUUAGCUCUAGAAGAUGACGACACUGACGAGGAGAGGUUAGAAGGUUGACUGUAAGCAGAAAGUAUAUCUGUGUUGCACUCUGUUGUGAGGUAUUUAAGGAGAGCAACACGAACGCAUAUUUUUUUACUGUAACAAGCAGAAACAAUAGAAUUUAACGACAGGAGGAAUGCAGAAUAAAUAUUAACUGGAAAGAG